GAGAUGCGAACAGUAGGCAAUGUUUCCGGCAGAGUUUAUACGAAUUACUUACGCGCUGGCGGAAACUGGUGCGUGAUGUCCAUUGUGGCUAUGCUUUUUAUAUUGACACAAUUAGCAGCCAGCAGCGCCGACUUCUUUCUAGCCCAAUGGAUUGAAAUAGAAGAACACUUUAUGAACCAAACGGAAAACGGCGUCGUAGAGGACCCGAGGAGUCCCCUCACCCGCAUGCAGUGCAUCUACAUCUACAGCGGGCUGAUUGUGUUAACAGUCAUCAUCACCCUUAUCCGCUCAUCAAUAGCCGCGCCACUAUGCGAUUCUUUAACACUAAUACUUCGGGACGUGUACUCAAUCGCUUUUCCAAAGACAUGGGAGCUGUUGAUGAGAUGCUGCCCGCUACGUUUAUUGACUGUCUUCAGAUCGGUAUAG